UUUUAAACAUGAAAAUGACGCGGUUGGUCAUGCCGCUUCGCCUGCAGAAAGCCGACUGACUCAGGCGCUCUAUAUAACAUGAUCCAAGCGCAGUCUUCAACAAGAUGGCUUGAGUUAUCGUUGAUCUUUUUCGGUCUCGGACCUUUGGCAAUAUGGCGGAGAAAGCAGAGCACGAGCCCUCUACCGUCGGCCAUGAAGUGGCUCCGGGCGCUGUCCACGCCGAUGAGGCAGUCACGGCGGACUGGAGAGUCCAAGCAGCCGUCAAGGACAGAUGGCACUCUAUCAAGGCCAACCCGAAGAUUCUUUUCAUAGCUCUGUUUGCUUCGUUCGGCGGUUUCGAAUAUGGCUAUCAGCAGGGUAUUCUCUCCCAGUCAUUGGUCAUGACACGAUUUACAGAGAACUUUCCCUCGGUCGUCGAAUCCUCAACUGCACAAGGCUGGCUCACAUCGGUUCUCCAACUCGGCGGCAUCGUGGGUUCCUUGACCUCUGGCCUCCUCGGGGAGAUGUUCUCGCGCAAGUACACAAUGUUUUCCGCCUGCUGCUGGGUCAUACUCGGAUCGUACCUCUAUGUUGGCGCAUCGGCUGGUAACCCUUCGUUGUUGUAUGCGGGCAGGUUCUUUACCGGUCUCGGUGUCGGCACGUUCUCGGGCGUCGGCCCGCUAUACAACGCCGAGAUCUCUGCGCCGGAGACUCGAGGCUUCAUUGUUUCGUUCUACCAGCUCGCUACAAUCCUCGGCAUCUUCCUCAGUUUUUGGAUCGGGUAUGGGUGCAAUUACAUUGGCGGCACCGGAGAGACGCAGACGGAUCUUGCUUGGCGGCUGCCCUCCAUCAUCCAGGGCAUCCCUUCCGUCCUGCUGGCGAUAGGCAUAUGGUGGAUGCCCUUCUCGCCGCGCUGGCUUGUGAAGGUCGGGCGGUAUGACGAAGCGAAAAAGACUUUGGCCUGGUUGAGGAAACGCGACGUUGAGGAUCCCCUCAUUCAUGCCGAGUAUUUAGAGAUCAGGGCCGAGGCUCUUUUCGAGGAUCGCGUUUUUUCCAAGAGCUUUCCGAAGCUCGCAGCCAAGGAGAAGCAAAGCACCUUCAUGCGCGAAAUAUCAGGCUAUGUCCAUCUAUUUAGGACUUGGGAUAACUUCAAGCGUGUUUCAACUGCUUGGAUGAUUAUGAUGUGGCAACAAUGGUCUGGCAUUGACGCCAUUAUCUACUAUGCCUCCAAUGUCUUCCAAAGUUACGGUUUCUCGGAUGGCACCAUUGCCAUGCUGGCAACUGGCGUGACUGGCAGUGUAUUUCUAGUUAGCACACUUCCUGCCAUGUUCUUGAUUGAUAAGCUCGGUCGCAAGUUUAUGCUGAAAUCCGGAUCUAUCGUCAUGUUCCUCUGCAUGGUCACAGUCGGCAUCAUCGUUGCUAAAUUCCGACACGACUGGCCUCACCACACUGAUGCGGGUUGGGCCGCCGUGGUUCUCAUCUGGAUCUACAUUGGGGCUUUUGGUUUUGGAUGGGGUCCAGCUUCAUGGGUCCUGGUCUCUGAGAUCUUCCCCCUCUCCAUCCGCGCCCGUGGCGCGUCGAUUGGCGCGAGCUCCAACUGGGUCAACAACUUUGCCAUUGCCUUUAUGGUCCCUCCCAUGUUUGAGGCGUGGGCCUGGGGUACUUACAUUUUCUUCGCGGUAUUCUUGUUCUGUGGCUUCUUUUGGGUCUGGUUCGUGCUGCCCGAGACGAAGAAUGCCACACUCGAAGACAUGGACAGGGUGUUCAAGAGUCACACGGGCGCUGAAGACGCGAGGAUGUUGCUGGAUGCUCAAAGAGACGUCGGAUUGUUGGACUUCUUGAGGGUCACCGAGGUUGACAUGCAGAAGGCUCAGAACGUUUGAUGUAAAGGGGUGUAGGGAUUUCCCUCAUUACCAAGUUGCAUUAUCGAACGUAGAUCAGAUUGGCAGCUAGCGCCCAUAUUUCUGUUACAGCCAUAAACAUAGCCGGAAGUGAAGUGACACCCUGAAGUCCAAACCGUCUGGUUGAUGCUUCAUGAAUCGUCCCCGCAUGCCGUCACGCUUCUCCCUCAUCCUAUGCUGCUUAAGUCUCAAGACCAGCAAGUCCAACACGGGCCAUGCAGGCUCUGUAUUUAUCAUCAAUGCAGAGGUACACUACAAGAUAUUUUCUUGUCGUGGUCGAGAACCUCGACUCUCUUCUAAAAUUGUUCUUUUGAACAUUAAAUAUACGGAACG